AUGGGCUCACUAUCUAAAAGAUUCGGCCAACAGUUCACGGAACAAUGUCUGGUACCACACUUGAUCCGAGCCAUUGAUGACAUCAAUUCGAGAGUACGAAUGUCGUGUGCUGAUGUCUUUGCUGACAUUGCCUCGAACUGCUCGAUGGAUUUGAGAAGAAAUGUGUUGGCGCCGUAUUUUAUGAGGUUGUUGGAGGAUAAACAAAAAUUUGUAGGUUAAAUAAUGCAUUACUGGUUUUUUUGGUAUGGUUAUAAUAUAAUAUUGUAUCUUAUGGUUAGGGAGGAUUGCGGUAUUAUGCAAAAAGGGGGUACUGUAUCAGUAUGGCUAUUAAUAUGAUCAAAGAUAAAUAUAUUUACUAGUAAAAUGGGGCAUAAUAGCACAACUUUUGCUUUACGUAUGGUCAAAGAGGGAUACAGUACAAAGAAAAAAGGUAUUACUGUAUUACUAUGAUUAUUAGUAUAGUUCAAUUGGGUAAAAAUUGAUCUAAAAGGGGUGUUUUACUGAAUUUAUCCUAGUUUAGUAACAUUUAAUUCAGUAAAAUACGAGAACUCGGUAUUAGUUGCAAGGAUACUAUAUUUAUAGGUGCCACUAGUACUAUGCUGUAUUUUUUGUAUGAUUAAUCAGGGUAUGGUAUAAAGAGAAAAGUCGCAUCACACUGUAAUGGUCAUAGUUGAGCAAUGCCAUUUAACUAUGAUAGGGAUUGAAGAAACUUUUGUUAUAACGAUGAGUAUGAUUAACGAUUGGUAAUGCAGAUCAUAUGAAAGUUCUAUAUGAGCAUAACUAACGAUAGAUGAGGUAGUUCUAUACGAACGUGUUUUAGAUACGAAUGUCAUCUUCAUCACAAAUAGGACCGAUUAUCGCGACAUUUGCUGAGCCGCGAAGGACUGGGUUGCUGAUAAGAGAUGGUCAAUUGUCAAAUUUGACUCCACGGAAAGAACUAAAUACUAGGUAAGAGGUCGUCAAGUUUUGAUUUUUAUAAAAAUGAUUUUAGUUUUUGAAAAGCACUAUUUAAAUUCGAUUUAAAAUGAGUAAAAUACGACCGUUGAAACGACUUAUUCUUAUAGGAUUUUAAAUUUUUUAAAAUAGCGGGAAAUGUUGAUAAAACGGAAAAGAAACAACAAAUUAAUGAUCAAGAAAUGACAAAAAUGACGUUUGAAAAGUGUAGUCGAAAGUUGUUUUAAUUCGAUUUACAUUGCCUUCCGAACCGAAUGUAAAUCGGAGCCAAAAACAAAUGAAAUCGACUGAAAAGGUCGACGUUUUUCGACUAAAUUCAACUGAAAUUGAUUUUUAAAUCAAAAUAUUGAACUAAGAUUGACUAUUGUUGGAUUAGGAGUUUUACCUCAGCUAUUGAAAUAUUGCGAUAUAGAGUAAAAAUCUUAAAAUUUAUUCUAAUAUUGGCUUAGAAUUUUGGAUUUUGGACGAAAAUUUUUUACUAAAUUUUUAAUUUUUUGAAUUAAAAUUUUCAAUUUUGAAAAAUUUUAAAAUUUGAUCAAAAUAAAAUUCUGUCUUUUGUACUCAAACUUUAUAAAAUGCUACAAUUUUUCGAAUUGAGUAUCGAAUAUGCCUUACUGGCGACUUUGGCAUGGCUUGGGUUUGUCCUUUGGUAAGAAUGAAAAGCUUUACAAUUUUUUUUAAUUGAAAUUAGUUUUUUAAAAGACUUUUCAAACUUUUUUAGGUAAAAUACGGGUUGAUUUACUCUAAAUUUUUUAAUUUUAACUUUGGAUGCAGUGACGUCGUUAGGGGGGGGUUUGCAUGGAUGUUGAUUUUCCUUUUCUCUUACGCUUUAUGGGUGCACAGAUAGCUAAGCUAAUGCUAGCUUCCUAUGAAUCUAAAAUUUUUUUUUUGGUUUUUAUUUUUUUUCUCUUCUUCUUCUAGAAAAAGUCUGUAGCAACGUCCUUGUUUGAAUUUUAAAGUUUAAUUACGAUAAGUUAAAAGAAAUUGAAAUUUGAAACAAGAUUAUACCUGAAAAGUGUCAUAAAAUAGAAAAUUUAAUGUAAAAUACUAUAUAUAAUACAUUUACAACAGUCUAGUUUACAAUAACUCAAUUUUUUAGCAAUUUACCGGACGAAUCAGAUAGCCAUAAUGAAUCAACAUCAUCAAUAGGAUCCAAAGAAUCUCGAAAAACAGAAGAAACAACCGAAAAUGAAGUAUACGAAACAGAAGAAGGCGAAGAAGACGAGCUGGGAAGACUGUAUAAUGUUCCUGAUGGUAGGGAUUUGCAUUUUUUUAAAAAAAACUUUGAGAUUGAAAAGGAAAAAAAAAGUGUUGUAAAAUACGGGGAUAUGUAACUUGUCUUGUAAUUCUUCAUAAGGAGGGGGGGGAACAAAAAAAAUUUUUUUUUAAAAAAAAUUUGAAAAAUUUAUAGAAAAGUUCGGACGGGAGUUACACUUUAUUCUUUAUUAAACACAAAGUUUUUAAAAUUUCAACAUUUUCAGGAUUUCACUUACCAGACACGCCAAAAUCCGAAACAAGAGUACGAACCUACUCAACAUCCUCAAUAUCAUCUCUCGAUUCAGAUAACAGUGUUCUAACAGCAUCACCCAACUUUCGUGAGGUGUCAAGCUACAAGAAUAUCAAACCGAGAAACUUGUUCGAGGAAUCAGAUCAAAAACAAGAAGACGAAGAGAAGGACGAUCAAUUGUUCGCCCUAAGGAAGUGGCCAUACGAACCCAACAAACACUUGGUGUCGUUGAAUGAUCCCGACUUCAACCUGGAUGACAUCAUGAGCGAAGACCUGGAUUCCAUCGAUUUGGACGGGGAAAUGGAAAAGGAUCUGAAGAGGAAGGCGCAGGAGGAGGGGUGGGUUACUGUAGUUUUUUGAAGGUUUAUAGGGUUGGAGAGGGGAGAUACUGUAGUUAAAAGGUGAAAAGAAAGUAUUUUAAGAAUGUUAGGUUACUGUAGUUUUUUUUUGAAAUUUUAUAGUGAUGGAGGGGUGGGAUACUGUAAAUUGAAUGGUAAAAAGUUGAAGCAGAAGGCUCAGGAAAAUAAUUUUAGGUUACUGUAGUUUUUUUUUAAAUUUGUAAUGUUGAAGGAGAGGAUUACUGUUAUUUGAAUGGUAAAAAGGUAAAAGUAAAACACUUAAGAAUGUUAGGUUACUGUAUUUUAAAAACAGGUCAUAGAAAACGAUUACUGUAGCUAUUGAACGUUUUGGUUUUGUAAGACAUGCAUCUAUUGCUGAUUACUGUACGUUAUGUUUCAAAAAGAAGGCUUGAGAGAAAUUUUUGUAAAAUACGGUGUAGUAAUGGUUGAUUAGCAAAAAAAAUUUUUUUUUGUAAAUACUGUAACAAAGAUAAAUAAUAUUGCACAUGACGCGAUUUCAUUUACCUCUCUCUUUCUCUUGAUAAUAAUAAUGCACAACAAUCACAUAUCUCUAGUCAUUUUUUGCGUCCGAAGAUAUCCAUCAAGCCGUCCAUCUGGCUUUUUUCUGUUCAAUUUGAUUGAAAGUUAAUGCCGAGAGUCUCGAGAAGAGUGUCGGAUGAACGGCGCCUUUGAGGAGGGCUUUUGGCACGUUGAAACAGUGCCCAAUUCUACUGCUUUCGGACUAACUUUUUGACCGAAACUUUUUUUUUGAUUUUUAAUGGUAGGGGGGGGUGGAUUGGUAGAGGGGUUUUGGACGUGAGUAGCUGAUGGGGUGGUGAAGUUUUUAUAAAAAUUUUUUAAAAUUUUGUUAUGGUCAGUACAAUAGUACCUUUUUCAGCAAGGAAUCGCCAUCAACCGUGCCCCGCUUGAACCUGGACGAAAUAACACCGCCGGAAGAGCGGACUAAUAACCCAUCGGACACGGCCAACUCGAAUACGAUGCAAAACGGGACGCCACGAGGCGAAGAGGAACCCCUUCGAAUCAACUACUGGUCGUUUGAUACUGAAUUGGACUUUGACGAUGUUCAGAAGUACAUUGAACGAAGCGAGAGCCUGAAUAAAGCGAACGCGGAACAAAGCGAAGACGAGUUGAAUGGCAAUGUUUUACAGGUAGGAGGGGAGAUUUUUGGUGGUGGGAAGGGGUGGAUUGGGGUGUUUGGGAGUGUUAAAGAGGGAGGUUUGUAGGGUUAGGGUGGGGUAUUUUGUGGCGUUAGGGAGGGGUGGUUUUCGUUUGAUUUUUUGGGGUUUUAAGUUUAAAACAUGAGGGUACGGGGUGUUUUUUUUUUGGGCGGGAUAAAAAAUCAAACUUUUAUGAAAGAAGAGUUUUCUUUUAUGAUUUGAAACAGGUUUUAAAUUUUAAAAAGUACAUAUAUUUCAGCCAGUGCCAGAAGACAACGAAGACAGUCAAUACGAUACCGCAUUCCCGCCCAUAUCCGAAUCGACCGGUCAAGAAAACGCAGACAGAGAGUCCAGCCCAGGCAAACGAUCAUGGGCCGACGUUGCGAGGCAGGGAAGCGACCUGGAGGUGGGUAAAAUACGUCAUUAAUGAAUUUUUUGUUUUAAAACUUUAAUUUGAAAAAUUAUUUAAAAAAUUAGUUGAUUAGAAAUGGCAGCUUAGGUUUAAACAAACUAAAAAUAAAUCCAAAAAUCAGGAAUACUCAACCUAAGUUAAUAUACUAUGGAAAAAUAUAUUUUGUCUUACCAUGCCUCAAGCCUAUCCAGUACUAUAAUACAGUUUAGUACGUUUUAAAUGUAAAAAAAGUAAUUUUAAAGCCCAAAGUAACAUUUAAAACUAUGGACAGUUGAAGUUCAGCCCAAAAACAGAGGCCAAAUGGUUUUUACGAAUUGAGGAAAUGAUUCAAAACACCAAAAACUCUGGUGCAAAGUUUAUUUACAAGAGCGGGGAAAGUCGGCCGGACGUCAGUCAUUUCCCAGCCCAAAAAACUGACGGAUUAUGACAUUUUCUGGAUUCUUUAAAAAUCCCCACUGUUCAAAACUCCUCCAGAAACUGGUGUUCUGGCCUGUUUUACGAAUUCUUAUGUUUUUCGUGGGGAAAAUGUGGGAUACGGUAGGGUGUAAUGAGGAAGUGGGGUGCACAUCAUGCCAAAAUAAAAGAAAAAUGGAACUAAGGUGGCCGUGGCAUUUCGUUAACUCAAAAGUCUCAAAUAUUGAUUCAAAAAAUAAAAUAAAUAUUUAAAAUGUUGAACGAAACGUGUGAAAUUAUCAAAUAAUAGUUAAAAUAACUCAAAUCUUGAGCUGUAACAAAUAUUAAAAAAUUCGCUAUGUUUCGGCGGUUCUUUGAAGGCCAAACUGGUCUUGAUCCGUCAAAGAAUCGUCCAGAUAUGACACUACAAGUUUACCACAAAUGAAUUUCAUUUUCAAAAUUCCGACCGCUUAAUUUCAAACAAUUUUUUACAAAAAAUAGAAUUUCACACUUCACAUCGUUUUUUACACGAAAUGUCACUCUGUCUUUAUUUCCUCUUUUGGCAUGACGUGGGGUGUGGUAGAGGAGAAAGAAAUAGGGGUACGGUAGGGUAGGGUAUAGAAGAAUAAUAAUUUGGAGUACAGUAGGAAAAUAACCUUUAGAUAGAGUAGACUACUAUGUUGAAAGUAUAAGGUAAAAUACGAAAGUUACCGCCGGAGCUGUUGCUACAGUUUUUUUUCUGAACGGAGGGUAUAGAAAACAAACAAAGUCUGAAUAAGGGGUGGAUAUGGCCCUUGUUCACGCCUCCUUCCUUGCGAACUCUCUGGAUGUUAGUUACAGUUUUGUUUUGAAAAAACUUAAGGUUUAGCAUAUUUUUUAUUUUUCUACCCUAAAUGUCAUACCAAAAUGUCCUUUUAAAAUAGAAAAAAAGUUCAUUUUAAAGUGGCAAAAACAAAACAAAGCAAACUGAUUAAUUCCCGAAGCAUAUUAAGUAUUCAAACUUCAAGGAUGGUGUGAAAACGUGAAUAGACAAAUCAAGAAAGGUUGAAGUUUUUCUCAUGAAUUCGAAAUAACCUCAUCCCCCAACUUUCCAUAUUUUGUUGUCUCGAAUUAAGCGGCCCCAGACUGUGGGAAACGGCCGACCUUUUUCGACAUGAAUUGUUUUUUUUUCUGAUCAAUUUGGGGAUUUGAAAAGGCUGGGCUUUGAAAAAAGGUUUUUUCGAUAGGGUGUGGUAAAAUACGGUUGUUAAUUUGACGUUGAUGAAAAGCGUAGGUUUUUGGCUUAAAAUUUGGUUUUUUUUAAAUUUUGAGGAUAAACUAAAAUUGAAAUUGUAUAUAAAUAGUAAUUUUUGUGCAGGGCGUGGCAAAUUACGGCAAUCUGGGCCUGGGUAUGAUAUUGACAAGGGCUAAUAUCGUUAAGUUUUGAAUCUGAAGUUUGAUGACGAUAUGUUUUGAAAUGAUAGUAAAAUACGACAUUAACGUGUAACAUAUCAUAAAUAUAGCAUAGUUAUACAGAAGAAUUUAAAUUUUAAAACAUUUUUUUUUUAUUUCCAGAACGCAGAAGACUCGUCCCAAGACCCGUCGAAGCAAACCACGGAGGGAUUCUGGAAGCGUCGAUUUGAUUUCGCUCGAAAACCAAUCGAUUUCAUGAAGAAAACCGCAGCCCAAUCCAUGCUACUACACCAAACUGCCCUAAGUGCAGCUACAAACACGGGAAACAACAACGCAACCUCGGCAACUUCAGCAUUAAUCGCCAAAAUACGACCAAUGACUCAAAACAUGACGAAUAUGACAAAGAAGACGGAAAAACAACUAAAGAACGACAAUGUCGCGACGGUAGCACCGUUCCGACAGUUCACGGAGAAAGUGAAGCAGAAGAUUCAGGGAACGGCGGAGAAGCGCGACGAACCCAAACCAGAAGCCAUCUGGGAACAGAAGGCCGAAAUCGAAGCUGAAGAACUUCAAAGCCGGAUUCAUCAACUCCAACGACGACAUCUGGAGAAUGCGAAACGGUAUCUGAGCAACGAUGAGUAUCAGCUUCUGAUGAACACGGAGCAAGAUGUCAUUCCACCUCGAUUGUUCAACGCCUUAAGUCAACUACAACAAGAAGACGAGAUGGAGGACUCGGACGAGCACCAGAUCAUUCUCGCCAAGUGUUUCCCCGCCAUUGCAUACACUUUUGGACCGCAGAAGUGGAUCUUUGUCAAAGCACUGUAUAUGAGUCUGGCUUCGCAUCCAUCGGUGAGUUUGGGAUGUUUUAGGCUAACAAAGGCGUGAACUUGGGCUUGCUUUUCUGAUUUAGAGCUGGAAAUGGGUCUACUAGGCGUGGCCUGGGCUCUGGUUGGGCUGAGCCAAAGCAAAUUCCAAAGUGACUAGGCCCUCACAUGUCGGCCGGGGUUUAAACCAAGGGUUGCUCUUUUUAUAGGUCUAUUCUGGCUUAACAGUAGUGAUUUUUCUAGGUCUUAUGCAGUUCAUUUUUAGCCCACCAUCCGCGCUUACCUCGCCCAGUCGAUCCACGAAAUCGCCAAAUGUAUCGGCCAAAAGCGAACCGACCAGGACUUGGUACCGAUCUUCCAAAAGUUUGGUCUAGACACCCCGGACGUUCAAAAAGGCCUGAUUGCCAACCUAUACGAGUUCUUCAAGGCGUGCUCAGAGGAGGUGAGGUUGAAAUUGGCAGCGGAAUUGAAUCGAUUCAACACGAUGAACGGCCGAUGCGAGUGGAGGUUGCGACAUCAGUUUAUUCAGUAGGUUUGAGUGAGAGUGGGAUGGUGUGAUACUACUAGUUGACGGGGACAGGGGGGUUGGGUAUGGUGGUUUUUUUACUAAGGGUGUUGAGAAAUUAUAGGGUAGGAUGGGUAGCACAUUUUUUGUCUGUUCGGGCAUUAAAAUCACUUUGAAUUGGUUUUAUUUGUUGGGCGGGGUGUUUUUUUGGGGUAGAGUCCAAAAAAUUUUUUAAAAUGUGUUUUUGAAUUUAAAAUUUUUGGGUAAAGGUGUUAUGAAAACAUUGCUUGUCAAAUCACGCUUAAUUUCACCUUAUUCUAGACAACUCUCCUUGAUGGUCCAGCUCUUCAAACCCUACCACGUCAACCUACACCUAAUCCCAUUCGCCCUAGCCUUUGCCAACGACCGAAUAGCGGAGGUCCGAAAGGGCGGUGUGAAAAUGCUGGCGCAAGCGUUGGCCGUCUUAAUAAACCAUGAACAAGACGCGUGUCAGAGGAGUGGAUUACCUAUUGAUUCACCUGAUGCCAGGAAAAUGAGUCGAGAGUUCAUGGGAGAGCUGCGCAAGGGCUUCUGGAACACCAUGAUUUGGAGGAAACGGCAGUGGUAAGGGUUUUUUUUAAAUUUUAGUUUUGAAAUGUAAAAAAAAUAGUUUUUAAGUGUAGGGGUGGAUUUUUUAAUUUUUUUAUUUUAAGGGUGGUUUUUAGUUUUUAGGGUGUGGUUUGGGGGGGGCUGGAUGUUUAUUUCAGCAUGGGCUUUUUUCUUUACUUUUAAUUUUUUUGGGAGGGGAUAUUUUUUAAUGUUUAGGGGUGCUUUUUUCAUUGUUUUGUCUUAGGGGUGGUUUUUUUUUGCGUUAGGGGUGGCUUUUGAAUUUUUUUAAGCUUGGGGUUGUUUUUUAUUUUUUAGUUUUUUCUUAUUUUUUCAUUUUGGGGGUGGAUUAUUAUGUAGAUUGGAAUGUUAGCAGGUAGUUUUUCUUAUUAUGGGGUUUUAUAUUCUUUUUUUUUAUUUUCAGUUUUGCUCAAAUGAUGGAUACUUUGGCCAGAGAACGAUUGGUCGAUCCAACUGUCUUUUUCCAAAUUUUCAGACAAAAUAUGGACGAGCUUUCCAUGGACAGUGAGUUUUUACCUUUUAUAAUAUGUAGAGUAUUCAAUUUUGAAAAAAAAUUGUUUUCUUCAGUGUUUUUUUUUAUUUUUUAAACCUAAAAAUAAUCAAAAUCAUUAAAAAUUGAAUUUCAGAAAUCCACAACGUCCGCCAGUACUAUUGCACCAUACUCCAAAGCUUUGGCCGACAACAAAUUGACGCUGUCGACCAAGGCGUGUCAUUCUCUCAAAUCAGCGACCGACUUCACGAAAUGGCAGCUCGUGACCCGGACCUAGAGAUUCGGACUCAAGCUCGAGUCGUGUUGGGCACCUUCGACACGACCAAACACGAAAUCGACCUCGGCCAACGAGAGUUCCUGUUGGCAGCGGCCGAGGAAAAGGAUCGACGAGUUCGGGUGGAGAAGCUGGAACAUUGUCCUAAAACGUUUGUCACCAACGAACAUCCCGAAGUGAAGCAGCAGAUCAUGGACCUACCAUCGUGAGGUUUUGAAAUAUUUUGGGAUUUUGAUGAACUUUUUUUUAAAUUUAAAAAAAUUUGAAUUUUUAAAAAUUUUCAAAAAAAAUUUAAUUGAUUGUAAAAUACGGGUUAUAUGACUUUCUAAAUUUUAAAAAUUUCAGGAAAUACGCUGAAAUUCAGCGAAAAAGCGAAGCCUUAAGCAAUGAACUCAACGCAGCAGCCUCAACCUCAGUAUCGAAUAACCAAUUCUCAUGGAUCAGACAACCGCGGUUGAGAAGGGAUGGCGUCUCAGACCCCACUGAUGACAAGACCUUAUCGACGACGAUCGCCGAAGAGUAUCAGGACAUUGAUGUGGUGGAGGAUGGAGAAGGUAGGGGUCUUGUUUUUUAAAUUUUACUUUUCUAUCUUCCUUAUCUUACUUUUCGCUCUAGACUUACUCUUACCCCUAUUUUUUCUAAUUUUACUUCGAUUACCCUACUCCACCUUAUUCUACAAACUCAACCCUGUUCCAUCGAAAAAUUUUGCUUUCUGAAAUUUUUUUUUAAUAUGCAAAUUUCAGAAAGCGAUGCCCUGAACACGACAACGAACAUAGAGGACGAUCUCGAAUUCCACGAUCUGGAGUACGACGAACCCGCCAACGAUUUUAUCAAAAAACACCCCGCCCUAAUCGUGGCCAAAGUCGCGCCACAACCAUCGAACGAAGCAGCUGAUGGGCCGAACAACGAGUCCACGGUCUGA